GGACUCUCACUUCAAACCAACCAUCACCACCUAGCUUGCUCCACAGCUCCAGGACGGGCAACACCCAGCCAUCACUCAGCUCAAGACACAGUCAGCGACAGCGAGAACGCACACAGAGAUGACCUUCAGCGUCUCGGCGCCGACGCAGGAGUACAUGAUCCGGUUCAAUCGCAACUUCGAGGACCAGAGCUCCGCGAUCACCGAGCCACCGCUGCCGUUCGCUGGCAGGGUCUUCUCGCCAGAGCAGGAGCAGAGCGCCAUGGUCGCCGCGCUGCUGCACGUCAUCUCCGGGUACACCACGCCGGCGCCGGACUUCCUCUUCCCGGCGACCGAGGAGGUGUGCGCGGCGUGCGGGACGGACGGGUGCCUCGGCUGCGAGUUCUUCGGCGCCGCGGAGGCCACCGGGACAGCGCAAAUCGCAGCGGCAUUGGACGCGCCGAGAGCGGCGGCCGGCGGGCCGCAGAGGCGGCGGAGGAACAAGAAGAACAAGUACCGCGGCGUAAGGCAGCGGCCGUGGGGCAAGUGGGCGGCGGAGAUCCGCGACCCGCGCCGCGCCGUGCGGGUGUGGCUCGGGACCUUCGACACCGCCGAGGACGCCGCCAGGGCCUACGACCGCGCCGCCGUCGAGUUCCGCGGCCCGCGCGCCAAGCUUAACUUCUCCUUCCCCGAGCAGCAGCAGCAGCAGCAGCUAGGCGGCGGCAGCGGCAAUGCCGCGGCCAAGUCGGACACGUGCUCGCCGUCGCCUUCGCCCCGGAGCGCGGACGAGGAGGAAACAGGGGAUCAGCUCUGGGACGGCUUGGUGGACUUGAUGAAGCUGGACGAGAGCGAGCUCUGCCUGCUGCUCCCGGUCGACAGCACUUUGGAUAUAUUUCACACACAGGGGAAAAUACGAUCAGGUGUACCCCUCUACUAGUACUACUGUACUAGCAGAUAGACCGGUGUCAGCGUGCGUGUCUGUACGCCACUCCAAAUCCUGCUCACUGCGUGGUUAGCACACCUCCUCGCUUCGGUUGUAAUUAUGUACAAAUAUUAAAUAGGCACCCGAUCAAUGGAAAAGUUGUGUUGAGCCAUUCCUAAUCAGCCUGUAAACCAUCCAUAUGUGUACCAUUACAUUUCGAUGUCUAUUGGAAGGACGAAAUGAGUUGAAGCCA